AUGGCUAUUGCCAACAGCGUGAUCAUCUUUGGUCCAAGUGGCUCCGUGGGCUCAGCCACAGCUCUCCAAGUCUAUCGAGCAGGGGUCAAAGUCACUCUUGCACUCCGAGAUCCAAGGAAGCCAGUUCCAGCCUUGAUUGGUAUUAGCGCAGAAAAGGUCCAGGCCGAUCUCACGAAGCCCGAGUCAAUCCAAGCGGCUGUCCGCCAGAGCGGGGCAAACUCUGCCUUCAUAUAUACAAUUUUCGGGACACCCGACCACAUGAGAGCCAGCAUUGUGGCCCUCAAAGAGGCCGGCAUCGAGAUGGUCGUGCUACUGAGCAGCUACACAAUCCAGAGCGAUAUCCACUCCGUCUCUCCAGAUGAGUAUGUGCCAUGGGUGCACGCCCAAGUGGAAAUCUCCCUUGAAGAAAUCUACGGCAAAGACGGCUUCGUCGCCGUACGCCCCUGCUACUUCGCCAGCAAUAUCCUCUGGUCCAACGCAGGUAUUCAAGCUGGACAAGUCCGACAUGCCAAUCCGGAAGCUGAGUACGACUGGAUUUCUCCCGAGGAUAUCGGUCGAGUUUGUGGAUCGAUCUUGGCGCGCGGCUUGAAGGAUAGGGUGGUUUGGCUGAUGGGUCCUGAGAAAAUGGCACUUAAGGAUGCAGUUGGGGUGGUUUCUCGUGCUCUUGGAAGGGUGAUCACGGUCACCAAGAUUACUGCGGCGGAGGCGCUGGAAGAGCUCGUGAAGAAUGGGACACCGGAGGGAACUGCCGGGUGGAUUGUGCGGUAUAUUACUGAGGACGCUGGAUAUGAGUUCAAGACUGCUGUGUUUGAGGAGGCAGCAGGUAAUGUUCUCAAGUAUACGCAUCGAGUUCCUGUGAAGUUUGACCAGUGGGUUUGUGAGAAUAUUCGCAGGUUUGAUGCAUAGAAGUAGUUAAGAGAGAGUGCGAUGGAGAUAUGCGUCCUGCCUGUUCUCUAGCACUUGAGUUCAUCUUUGUCCUCGUAAUUACACCAGCGAGAUGCAGGCGGCCGCUCAUUGGGAGUAUAUUCUCGCCCGUCGAAUGAUUGUUGUAGAGUCCCGCCAGGUGCUUUCUCUCAAAG